AUGGCACCCAAACGGAAGCUCGCAAAUACAGACUCGGACGCUGCUGGCAGCCCUGCGUCUCUAGUCUCGCAGCAGCAGCACGACCGGGCCAGCGAACACGUCCACGAACGCCAGCAACAGCUCCAACAAGAGCAGGAUGAACAGGAACAGCGUCAAGACGGGCCGUCGACUCAACAGCAAAAGCAACCACCACCAACACCUCCACAGCAGCAAUGGCAGGCCAGCGAGGAAGGCUCCGCGCCCGAGCCGGUACCGUUGGCCAGUGUGGAAAACUAUCCACGAAAACGGAUAUCCAUUGCUGUAACAUCUACCCUUUCCCAGAUUCUCCCAUUCGCUCCUAGGCCACGCACAUUGAAAUGCUCAUCCCGCACCUUUUGCGAUCACCUACUGACGCGCUAG